UCCCCUCCGCGCACUCCAAAAACCCCACAGCUCCAGCGCCGCGGCGGAAAGCUCCGCCCCCGAAACCACGAGCGAAACCCUCCUCCCCCGGCGGCGAUGGCCGGCGUCGGCGGCAGUGGUGUAGGAGGCGGCGGAGACACGGAGAUGGGCGGGUGGACGGGGCUCCUCCACUCCUCCACCAAGCUCCUCGAGCAGGCCGCGCCCACCCCGCACUUCCCUCCCCUUCAGAGGAACCUGGACCAGCUCGAGGCGCUCUCCACCAAGCUCAAGGCCAAGACCAUCCGCGCCGAGGCGCCGUCUCAGUCGCUUUCCGCCACCAGGUUGCUAGCGCGCGAGGGGAUCAAUGCUGAGCAGCUCGCCAGGGAUCUCAAGUCAUUCGAACUCAAGACAACCUUUGAGGAUGUUUUUCCAUCUGAAGCAACCUCUGUUGAGGAGUACCUGCAGCAGCUUCAUGAAGUGGCCAUAGUUUCAUCCAUCCAAGAAGCUCAAAAGGACAACUUAAGGAGUUUUAACAACUACAUGAUGCAAGUUCUUGAGGAUGACUGGCAGAAAGAGAAGAGAGACUUCUUGCAGAGUCUAAGCCGGCUUUCUACAUUACCCAAAAGAAACACUAAUAUCUCAACCAGUGGAUUGGCUCGCCCUGCUUUGAUGCCACCAUCAACUUCGAGUCCUCAUGCUUCAUCAGGCCUGCCCUCUGCAGGGGUGAUGCCUAUACCUAACAAGACUAUUAUUGAAAAUAAAUCUUCAGUUUAUGCUGGGGUUGUAAGGGACCUCAAUGAGGCUAGAGGACGCAGUCUACCUUUUAAUCCUGCUACGGCUUUCAGGGCUGCUUAUGAGUCAUUAUCUGUUGAUGCUGUUGGCACAAAAUCAGUGACGAUGCAGAAAAUGUGGCAUCUAAUUCAGGCAUUAGUUGGGGAAGGGUCGACCCAUCGAAAUGUUUCAAGAAAAAUGUCACUAGUGAUAGGUGCAAGACACCAUCUCGAGUGGGGUCAUGAAAAGUACAUACUUGAGACAAUCAACAGCCAUCCAGCUCUUGCUGCUCUUGGUGGAUCUGUCGGCAAUCUUCAGAAGAUUCGGGCAUUCAUGCGGGUACGGCUGCGGGAUCAAGGUGUGCUAGAUUUCGACGCAACUGAUCUACGCAGACAGCCUCCAGUGGAUACAACCUGGCAGCAGAUUUAUUUCUGCUUGAGAACCGGAUAUUAUGAUGAAGCAAGACAAGUUGCGCAAUCAUCUCGUGCUGCCCACAACUUUGCCCCACUGCUUGCAGACUGGAUUUCUACUAAUGGUGCCGUAUCGCAAGAUACUGCUCUGGCAGCUUCUGAGGAAUGUGAUAAAAUGCUCAGAAUGGGUGAUCGACCAGGGCGUCCUGGUUAUGACAGAAAGAAGUUGCUGCUGUAUGCCAUAAUUUGUGGUUGUCGACGGCAAAUUGACAGACUGCUAAAAGAUCUGCCAACGCUUUUUAAUACUAUAGAGGAUUUCUUGUGGUUUAAGUUGUCAGCUCUGCGGGAACACAAUAAUGCAUCUUCUUCUAGUGUUUUGAAUGAAGGCUUGGUGCCUUAUACACUGGAUGAUCUGCAAAGUUACUUGAACAAAUUUGAGCCGUCAUAUUAUACAAAGAGUGGAAAAGAUCCCUUAAUCUAUCCCUAUGUCCUGUUUUUAAGCAUCCAAUUACUCCCAGCAAUUCUUUAUCUGUCUAAAGAAAUUGGAGAGGAUGGAUACCAUGUUGAUGCUGUGCAUAUUUCAAUUGCUUUAGCUGAUCAUGGUGUUCUCCCUGAUGGUGUUGGAUCAGGCCAGAAGAUAGGUGUCAUGGAUGCUUGUGCAGAGGCUGCUAGCAUAAUACGGCAGUAUGGCUCUAUUUACUUGCGUAGUGGCAAUAUUGAUUUAGCCUUGGAGUAUUAUGCACAAGCUGCUGCUGCAAUGGGUGGAGGAGAGGUAUCAUGGAUUGGUCAAGGGAAUGCUGAUCAGCAGCGACAACGAAGUUUGAUGUUGAAGCAACUCCUGACGGAGAUAUUACUAAGGGAUGGUGGCAUACAACUUCUGCUUGGUCCAAGUGGAAUGGGGGAAGAAGGGGAACUAAAGAAGUAUAUGAUGGAUUGGAGAAGCAGGCAGCAAUUUUUACUUGAAGCAGCCCAUCGGUGUCAAGAGGCAGGGCUCUAUGACAAAGCGGUAGAAAUUCAUAAAAGGGUAGGAGAUUUUGCCAUGGCACUUCAGAUAAUAAACAAGUGCCUGUCCGAUGCUGUCUGUGCCAUGGCACGCAAUAUGUUAGAUGGUGAGAGUCGCGCUACAGCCCUAAUCCAUUCUGGCAAUGAGAUUAUGGAGACAGCCAGAUAUUCUUCUGAAACCAGCGUUCAAGACAAGGAUCUUAUUUCCGAGCAACAAACUGUACUGAGACAGCUUGAAGCUAUUCUCCAUAUUUAUAGGCUAGCUCGAGCUGGACAGACUGUAGAUGCUUUGAGGGAAACCAUCAGGCUCCCAUUCCUUCAUUUGGACCCCCAGUCUCCAAAUGUGACUGUUGAUAUUUUCAGGAAUUUAUCACCCCAUGUUCAAGCUUGCAUACCAGAUCUCCUGAAGGUUGCUCUGAAUUGCAUUGACAACGUUAGGGAUACUGACGGGACCUUGCGUGCUGUCAAGUCCAAGAUUGCAAACCUAGUAGCAAACAACAUGAGCCGGAAUUGGCCACAGGAUUUGUAUCAGAAGGUUGCACAGUGCAUAUAAUGUGGUUUGUGUUUCAGAGGUGGCCCAGAAUAUGGACUAAUCUUCAUCAGAAGUUUUCGGAACUGUUUGGUGUUUGGCUGCUUGAGUACACAAGGUCUGUAGAACCGUGGAAGUAUUAUCCUUGCACGCACUGGAUCUCAUGUUUGUCGGCCCAUCUUGUGUGCAAUGAGCGACGAAUGUAAAACUUAUUUUUUUUUAAAAAAAGAAAAUGCCACUUAUGAUUAUCCCUUUCCUUUGCGGGAAACUAUGAUGGUUAUCUUAUCCCUGGCCCGUGGUGGCGAAGCCUUCAGAUUAUCCAA